AGUAAAUGGAUCAUUUAAAAACAAUUGUACAUUGUUUUUGACUCGUUUAUCCAAUAAUAGAAUAUUGCAAUGUACAGUAAUACUGCAUUAUGUACACUGCAGCAUUAUAGCAUUCACACAAUCAUCUAGCAUAAUGACAUUUACCCCUAGUCUAUUAAAGAUAGAAAAUACUUUCCAAUUAGUAUUAUAGUGCAUGUUUAUGACUGUUUUAAUCCCCAUUUAAAUCCUGUUAGGAUCCAAUUCCUCCUAAUGCAUCUAUCAGGCAGAUGCACCACAGAGAAAAGCCAGGAUCCCCAAAUGAUAAAAGCAGGCGGCCGUGGUGGGUCCUCAGUCAACACCCGCUACAUCCAGGCGCCAUGGACAGCACCGGCACGCCGUGGAGCUCCCAGGUGGCGCCCACCAUCUUCCCCCGCGUGGGCUACAGCAUCAUCUCCUUCCUCAUGUUCAUCACCACCGUCCUGACGGUGUUCAACAAUGGCCUGGUGAUCGCCGUCUGCCUGAAGAACCCGUCCCUGCUGCACCCCAUGAACGUGUUCAUCCUCAGCCUGGCCGUGUCCGACCUCAUGAUCGGCUUGUGCGGCUCGCUGGUGGUCACCAUCACCAACUACCACGGCUCCUACUUCAUCGGACACACCGCCUGCGUCUUCCAGGGGUUUGCCGUCAACUACUUUGGUCUGGUGUCGCUGUGCACGCUGACCCUGCUGGCGUACGAGCGCUACAACGCCGUGUGCAAGCCCGACACCGGCCUCAGGCUAAGGAUGAAGAGGAGCAUCAAGGGCCUCCUCUUCGUCUGGGCCUUCUGCCUGUUCUGGGCCGUGGGGCCCCUGCUGGGGUGGAGCGGCUACGGCCCCGAGGGGGUGCAGACGUCCUGCUCCCUGUCCUGGGAGGAGAGGUCGUGGAGCAACUACAGCUACCUCACCCUCUACACGCUCAUGUGCUUCCUCUUCCCGGUGGCCGUCAUCAUCUACUGCUACUCCAGAGUGCUGGCGUUCAUGAGAAAGUUGAACAGGAGCGUGGAGCUGCAGUCGGGGCGUUCCUUGCAGAAGGAGAACGACCACGCCACCCGCAUGGUCCUGACUAUGGUGGUGGCCUUCUUCAUGUGCUGGAUGCCUUACACCGCCCUGUCGGUGGUGGUGGUGCUCGAUCCUGAGCUCCACAUCCCGCCGCUGGUGGCGACCAUGCCUAUGUACUUCGCCAAGACCAGCCCCGUGUACAACCCCAUCAUCUACUUCCUGUCCAACAAGCAGUUUCGGGACGGCGCUCUGGAGAUGCUGUCCUGCGGCCGCUACAUCCCCCACGCCGCCUCCACCCGGGUGAGCAUCAACAUGAGGCCCGUGAGCCGGAGGGGCCGGCUGAUCCCCUGCAGCAGGAUCAACAGGCACAGCAAGGUGUUGCCUCUGUAAAAUAUCCACCACGCUCCCUUUCGACGGCUCGUCAAGGACGCAGAACGACAAGUCUGUGCAAGUGGUUUCUUUUUUUUUUUUUUUCCUCUCUUUUUGUCCAAGAAGUCUGGAGUGAAGAGGAGACUCGACAGCUGACGGACAGAUGGAGGACAAAGGGACCAAUAGGAACCCUUCUGGUACACACUCAUUAUUCCAAGUGUUGUUUUCCUCACUUUUUUUUCCCUCUGUGACUGUCAGAAUAGAGAUGACAUGUCUCUCUUUAAAAAAAACCCCACAAAAAAAAAACCCUUAUCGAACUCUUAUUAGGUAACACCAGCAACUUUCAGGGCAUCUUUUAGAUUGUGCCCACACAACAGCUGCUUUUUAAUUGACCAAGUCGAGGGUAUCUACCUCACUUAUAUAUGUAUAUAUAUAUAUGUUGUGGAGAUGGCGGCGAGGAGGCGGAGAAUGCGGCCGAGGGGAGAGGCGGGGCGUGCCGGGCGCGACGCCGCAGUCAAAUGCAGGUGCGUGGAUCCCGCACCGGUUCUCAAUUAACAUUUCUCCUCACGCUGCAUAAAAGGGGAGAAGGAGGAGGGAUCGGGGCAGAAGGAGUCGGAGAGCCUGCAGCAGUGGAUGAGAAACGAAAGCGAGAGAGAGCAAGACGCAGACGACGACGGGGGCCGGCUGAAGAGCGAGACGGAGGAGCGAGCAGCGGGAGCGCCGACGGCGCAAAAGACUUCCUUUAUUGAAAAAUCAACAAGAGUCAAAACUGCUCAGGAGAAAUGUCCUUCCUGGGUGGUCCAUUGAACCAGCACAAAGGCUUAAGACUGUCACAUUUGGCACCCAACCUGGCUGGACCACCGGAGGUGGGGUAGGACGAUAUUCGUGGGCUCUCGGGGGCGCACUGGCCGGCCUCGCGGCAAGCAGCCGUCAGAAUUGCCGACUCUUGCAGGCGUUGGCGGACAAUGUGGGGGGGACGGUGAGUGCCCCCCCAAUAAUUAAGAGGAAGAGGAAGAAGAGCGGGAAAGACUAGCGGAGAAAAAGAGGAAAAAGGAAGAAGAUGAGAGGAGGAGAAGAAAAGGUGAGAAAGGAGGAAGAGGCAAUGAUGAGAAGACUAGAAGAAGAAGAGUGGGAAAGACUAGCGGAGAAAAAGAGGAGAAAGGAUGAAGACGAGAGGAGAAGAAAUGAAGAAAAGGUGAGAAAGGAGGAAGAGACAAUGAUGGGUGGACAAGAAGAAGAAGAGCGGGAAAGACUAGCCGAAGAAAAGAGGAGACAGGAAAAAGAAGAAGAGAGGAGAGAGAAAUGUUAACUGAGAACCGGUGCGUGAUCCACGCACCUGCAUUUGACUGCGGAGUCGCUCCCAGCACGCUCGGCCGCAAUCUCCGCCUCCUCGGCGCCAUCUUGGGCCGGGCUCCAACGUGUCCCGCCCCGCUGCUCGC